GGCGGGGGGCUUCAGCCUCCCAUUCCCCCCCCGAGAAACCUCCUUCCUCCGCUCCCUGUCUCGCUGCUCUGGGGCAAGGCCAGGCCUGCGCCGUGGGGUGUUCACCCUGAAGCCUAUCGAUGGCAGCCUAUGUCCGUGGGUGCCUGGGGGCUGAGACGCAAAGUGCCGCCCCCCCGCAGGGUGCUCUGGCACCCGGGUGGGGUGUUGGAGCUCGGGGGAACGCUGGGGUAACGGGGACAGCGGCGCCCGGCAGCAUCGCCGCGCCUUGCAGGGUUGCUACAGGAACCGGAGAUGCUGCGAGGGCAGCCUCCACCCGCUGCUGCCCGCGGGGCCCGGCCGGGGCGGGGGGCUGGUGGUGAAGGUCCCUGCACCCUCCGGGGACCGCGAGGGUCCCGUGGGUACGGCCGCGGGUGCUGCCGGCCCGGGGUGCUGGGUCCCCCCGCGAGCACCGGACACCUGUGGGUCCAGCCCGGGGCCCCUCCGACCCGUGUCCACUCCGCCUGCCUCCCCCCGCGGACCCCCGGUCCCUCGCGCCCCCCACCCGAGACACCGGCCCCGGUCUCUGCUGCCUCCCCGGGCUGCGGGACCCCCGGUGCGCCGUGCAAGGCACCGGUUCCCGCUCCCCACCCCGCUCCCGGUGCCGCUGCACCUCUCGCCCGGGGAGGGGGGGGACCGGUGCCACCGCCUCCGCCCGCUGCCCCCCCCCCGCCGCGGCCGCCCGCGCUGUGCUCGGCGGGGGCGGCAGCCGCGGGAUCCGCCCCCGGGGCCUCCCACGCCGCGGCGCAGCCGGGGCCGCUGCUAUUUCACGGUACCGCCCGUGUGGGCGGCGCGCAGAAGCGGCGCGGCGCGGCGGAGCGAGUGCGCCCGGCCCGGCCCCAGGACCCCCGGCCCCAGGACCCCCGGCCCCAGGACCCCCGGCCCCAGCUGCCGCCAGCGCCCGGCCCGCCGUCCCCGGAGCCCCCGCCGCCCCCCCCGGGGCGCACGGCGGCCGCGCACGGGGCGGGCGUAGCGGCUGGAGGCGGCUCCAGCCGGCGGCUCGCCAUGGCCCUGCCCCGCACGCUGGGGGAGCUGCAGCUGUACCGGGUGCUGCAGCGUGCCAACCUGCUGGGCUACUACGAGACCUUCAUCCAGCAAGGGGGGGACGACGUGCAGCAGCUCUGUGAGGCGGGCGAGGAGGAGUUCCUGGAGAUCAUGGCGCUGGUGGGCAUGGCCACCAAGCCCCUGCACGUCCGCCGCCUCCAGAAGGCCCUGCGUGAGUGGGCCUCCAACCCGGGGCUCUUCAGCCAGCCCGUCUCGGCCGUGCCCGUCAGCAGCAUCCCCCUCUUCAAGCUCUCCGAGGCCAGCGGGCGCAAAGCGCUCAGCAACGGGCACGCCAGCCCUGGCGAGGCUGCAGGCAAGGGGAGCAGCAGUGCUGGGACACCCCCGGCCCGCAGCCCCACGGAGCUGGGGGAGAAGCUGUCGCCGUCAGCAGCCCCACCGUGGCCGGGGCGGAGCACCCCCGAGUCGGAGGGUGGCGGGGAUGAGGAGCCCGGGGGUCCCCCCUUCUCCCCGGGUGGGAGCAGCAGUGAGCAGCCGGCAGGCACGGAGGUGCUGGAGCCGGAGCUGGUGCGGACGGUGGCAGAGAGCGUGGAGCGGUUGCUGCAGAGCUGCCCCCGGGGCAGCGAGUCCGAGCUGCGGGCGCUGAUGAAGCUCAACAAGAAGCUGGCCAAGGCCGUGGGGCACAUCUUCCAGCUGGAGGAUGGCGACCGGCACAAGGAGGAGGAGAUCCGCCGGCACAGUGCGAUCUAUGGCCGCGGAGAGGCCCGGCGUCGCGAGGGCAAGCAGCUCACCCUGCACGAGCUCAUCAUCAACGAGGCGGCUGCCCAGUUCUGUCUGCGGGACAACUCGCUGCUGCUGCGGCGUGUCGAGCUCUUCUCGCUCUCGCGGCAGGUUGCGCGGGAGAGCACCUACCUGUCCUCGCUCAAGGUUGCCAGGGCACAUCCAGAGGAGAGUGGAGCCACCGUGGCCAAGAGGCUCAAGCAGGAGGCAGGAGAGCAGAGCCGCCCAGAGCUGCUGCCGCUGUCAGUGGGGCCGGAGCCCCCCGGGGCCGCGUACCGAGCCAGCCUGGAGGAGGAUGCAGCCAGCCUCUCCGGGGAGAGCCUCGACGGCCACUUGCAGGCGGCGGGGGCCUGUCCCCGGCUGACGCCACCGCCCGGCGCGGCCCCCGACGUGCCCCUCGGUCUCCCCCCCCACGGGCUCUGGAGCCGCCACAUCCUCCAGCAGACGCUGAUGGACGAGGGGCUGCGCCUGGCCCGCCUGGUCUCCCACGAGCGUGUGGGGCGGCUCAGCCCCCUCCUGCCGGGGAAACCCCCGGGACCAGAGUUUGAGGACGGGCUGGCAGAACGGGGUGCUCCGGCCCCCCCGGAGCCCCCUCGCGGCACCAUCAAGGUGGAGCAGGAGACCAGCCGGCAGUGAGGCCCCCGCAGCCCCCUCCCUCCCCCCCUCCCCCCAUUAACAAAGCAAUAACGUGCUGGGGGACGGGUGCCGGCGGCGCUCCGGACGCGGGGAGCCGGUGAGGGCUGGGCCACAGCCCCCCCCCCGCCCUGCCCCUCCCGCACCGACGCUCUGGUUACCUCAGCCGCGGCGGGAUGCGCCUCCCCGCAGCAGCAAUACCCUCGGCCUGCCGGGCUCUGUCCCCCCCCCCCCCGGGGCUGGGAAGCCCUCGAUGGAGUCCAACCCGCUGUACAGCCCGUCCUGCCCGCCCCCCCCCUCCCGGGCCCGUCACCGACAGGCGCUUCGCCACCGGCACACGAGCCGCGUGCAGCACCGGGUGCUCCCGCGUCAGCGCCGCCACCCACGCCGGGCACACGGCGCAGCCCCGCGCACGCCCCCGCAGCGCCCACGCUCCAGCCGCCACCCCCCCUCCCCGCAGCACGCACGUGCGAGCGCACCGUGCACGCGCAUUGCGCCCCCCCCCCCCCCGCAGCACCGCGUUGCAGCGUUUCGGCUGUAAAUACCCCCCCGCAGCAACCACAGCUCGGCACCAGCGACGGUGCACACC